UUUUCAUUCCUUCUGUAGCUGCCUUCUUCCUAAGUUUCCUUGUUUUGUUGUAUCCUCAACAGAUGCCAGCUGCGAAAGCGGUUUUGAAAGAAAAGAUCGAAAAAGGAAUCACAACAAUAAGUGAGAAGAACAGCGAGCUGAACCAAUCUCUUCUCCAAGUUACAAGGAGGAUGAUUCCUACCUUUAAGAGACUUCUACGCAACCGAGCUCUCGAUUUUCUGAUAAUAGGAGACGUACUAUUUUACCUACAGUCUGGAAUAAACAGCUUUGGGCCAAAGAUCUAUGAGAAGAUAUUUCGGUUAAAACAGACAGAAGUGGGAAAAAUACUGGGGUUUUUUCACGGCGGAGGUUUUGUGUUAGGUGUCAUCUUAGGAGGUUUGUUGGUAAGAAAGAAAGAUUGGCAUCCAAAGAAGUUACUUUUUAUCUACCUCAUACUUUCUCUAGUAUCUAUACCAUUCAUAUUGGGAGUGUUACUACAUUGUCCGACCACUGAAACAAAACCCCCCGUCUCCGAAGAAUGUAACUCAGACUGCACCUGUACCACAGAACUAUAUGAUCCGGUCUGCGACACCUCAACCCAAACCACCUACUUUUCUCCCUGCUUCAGUGGUUGUCAUGAUUUUCAAGGGAAUAUGAGCAGCGUGCAACAGUACACGAAUUGCUCGUGUGUAGCAGGUGGAUUGUUGUUCCUGGCGAAUGUGGAGGCUCAUGUGAAGGGAGAAUGUGGAUAUCUCUUCAUCACCACUACACAUACUGUGAUUAAGUUCGCAGGAUUUAUCGCUAACAAUGUUAUUUACCAACGAGUGGUCGCAGAGAGUGAUAGAACGGUCGCUCAAGGUUUACGGCAAUUUGCACGCAAAGCUCUUGGCACACUGCCAGCUCCCCUGCUAUAUGGCUUGAUAAUAGAUCAGCACUGUAACAUUUGGCGGAAAUAUAAAGAUGGGACAGUUGGGAACUGCUGGGUGUACGAUCUGGAGACUAUGAUCAGGUGGCUGUGUGUUGUGCAGGUUGCACUGAGGUUACUCAGCUGUGGCUUUUAUUUCUUGUGUUGGUUAGCCUAUCCUGAUAAGAUCCCAACAAUGGAGGCUCCUGAUUUAGGUGCUGAUAAUAAAAUGGAAUCUUCCGCAGAAGUAACGUUGUAGACUUGUUAUAGAAAUGUUUAAACAAAUAUUAACUUUAAUCUGUAUAUGUGUGAUGUGCAUGAAAUUAUGGCGCAUGAUAUUUAUUACAAUAUCUGCAACUUUAGACUUGUGUGAGUUGCGUAUAUUGCAAUGUUUUUUUUUCAACUUUAAUGGGAGAAACUGCAAAUGAUGAAGAAAGUUCUAUAUUUGCCAAGUGCUGGUUGUAACGAUAAAAGGCUACCAUUCCUACUUCACGACUUACCCGGAUUAUGAAAAUCAAAAAUAAUCUAUACAGCGGACAUAUACAAUAUUAUAGUAGCCGCCAAACUGAAAUGGCACAUCAAUUGCAUUAUCAGGAUCUCAUUCGAAAUCACUAG